AUGCAGUCGCCGAAUGUCAAGCCGGAACAAGGAUCAACCACAGAGUCGCCGAGACUCAUCCACGAAAUGGAGGAAUCGAUCGACCUUCCCGUCUCUCACAAUGGCAAUAUAACCGCGGGGACAAAACGCAAAAUGAACAGUGCGAGCCCACGGGGCGUGGCUAAUCUGACACCGGAGCAGCUGGCCAGGAAACGCGCAAAUGACCGACAGGCGCAACGCGCCAUACGGGAGCGUACAAAGUCGCAGAUCGAAGCAUUGGAGCGGAGAGUCCGCGAACUAUCGUCGCAGCAGCCGUAUCAGGAUAUACAUAAACUGGUGUCUGAAAGGAAUCAAAUCAUGGCAGAAAACCAAGAUAUUAAGCGGCGGUUGGGUGCUAUGAUGAACAUAUUACAACCAUUGGUGGACAGAGACGGAAUGCCAAUGAAGUCGCCGACAACCGCUGUGACGGAUACAACGGUUUCGAAUUCAAGCAACACCGUGAUAAUGCCAACAAAUACAGCGCAAGUUCCAGCUGAAACCACUCAUCCAUCGCCGCUCACGGAUCAAAGUCAUGGUACACCUGGUAGCGUGGAGUCUAGCCUACUGGAUCAUCCCUGGACCGAGUCCGUCGCAGGGAACGUGUCUCCCAGCAACUCUGUGCUCCAGCACUGGCAGAGGUCGGAUCCUAUCAGCCUACUGAACACGGUCCCAAGCCAGCGACUGGCAGUAAAAGGGAUGGACGAGAAACUGAUUCUAAACUUCUUGAUCGAUAACCCUCGUCAGAUCCCCAAAAUAGGCGAUAUACCAAAACUCCCCAAGGAUCACAAUCAUAGCCCCGAUCCACCUUCAAUUAAUAUCAAUAUAGCACCGCCACCAACCGCAGGUGAUUACACUCAGGCACAUUUGGUGGCUAUUCGGAAUAUACAGCCCACAUGUCCUCUCGAUUCCAUUUUCCUCGAUUUUCUCAGCCAUCGUCGUCGCGAAUUGACAACUGGUUCGCAACAACGUUUAGCCUACCCGAGUGUCUCAUCUCUUCUGAAUCCCGUCGAGAAUAGCACCCAUUCGUACUCCAUAUCAAAAGUUUUCAGUGACAUCCUGCGCACGUUUCCAGAUAUAUCAUCAUUGCCCGAGCAAGUCGGUACACUAUACACAAUGUUCCAGAUCAUGCGUUGGCAGAUAUACCCGACACAAAAGAAUUACGACCGGAUCCCAGACUGGCUAACACCGCGUCCCGCACAGCUAUUUAGCCCUCACCCAGCCUGGAUGGAUUACAUACUCUGGCCCAAGGUCCGCGAUCGGUUGGCAUACGCACAUCGCGACUACCCGUUCGAGAACUGGUUUGUCCCCUACACACGCACCAUAUCGUGCAACUGGCCAUACGAACCGACAGAUUGUUUGUUGCAUAACACCGAGUCGGAUGAGUUGGUGAUUAAUCCAGUAUUUGAGCGCCACAUUCGAGAGCUGAGUAACUGGACUGUUGGGACUGAAUUUGCCGAGGCAUACCCUAAUUUGGUGGAUGCGGUGAAAAUCAGGCAUGAUGAUAGAAGAGCACGGCCACCUUGA